UUGAGCGCAGUCAACGUACAAGCUGUCUUCGCAACGCAUCGUGAGAAACAAAAGUGGCAAGUGCGACAAGCGAUAAAGCCCGCCUGAGCUGGUCGGAUGCUAAUCAGCCAUUAUAAGCAUUUGUUCAGCAUGUGCUGCAACUCAACCAUGAACAUUGAGCAUACAGAAAAACUGUCUUCAACUAGCAGAGGUUAGUGACGGGGUGCGAUGCUGAAGUGCGCAAGCACUUGAAGUAUUGGUGGCUGCCAGCGUUUCGGGCUGAGAGCAUCAUGGUGAGUGCACGCCGCCUGAAGGAUGACCCGCUAUUUGGAGUUGACUCUCGGUGGAGCUGGAUCACCGCUUUCUUUUGUGCCUGGGUGCUGUUCCUGGCCAUGGCGACGCCACGUAUGGCCGGCAUCUUCUUUUACGGAAUCGUCGAGACAUUUGGGACGACCAGAGAAGAAGCUUCGUGGCCGGUGUCCCUGCCAGGCAGCUUCACAGUUUUAGGAGGUCCGAUAGCUGGCUACCUCUGCCAGCGUUUUUCGUGCCGGGCCGUGCUGUUAUCCUGCUCGUGUUUGGGAGGGAUUGCAGUCAGUUUAUGCUACCUGGCGAACAAUGUCCUGUUUAUCACCAUUUCCUUUGGAAUUCUUCACGGCACUGCAUCUUCCGGCUUGUACGUUGCUUCUAACGUAUUGCUUUCCCAGCAUUUUGAGAAGCGACGAGCAACGGCCAGCAGUGUAGUGUUUGCCGCGUUCGGCUUGAACUCUAUCUUCAUAACGCCACUCAUCGAGUUCUUCCGGACGGCGUAUGGAAUUCGGGGAGCGUUUCUUGUUUACGGAGCGAUUCUCCUGAAUGCGAUUCCAGCCGUUAUCGUUCUUAGAAGUCCACUGUGGCUAACCAACUCAAAAGUUGAAAGGAAUGCGACGAACAAUGAGGAGAAUGAGACAAGCGCGGCGUGCGUUUUGAUUCAGCCGGUAAACGGAGACGUCAGCGUGGCGAAAAAUACAGAAAGUAAUUGUCCUCACACAAAUCAGCGUUCAAACUUUGAGCAGUCCACAGCGUCUUGUGCUAAACCGCCCGACAACUUGUCACGUGCCGGUGUGUUUCCGCCCACAAGCUCCGUUAAGCUGAUGGAAACCAAUAAGACUGUAAUAAGCUUUACUCUUCCCACAGUGACAAGGCAAUUAUGCACCUUGUCUUUUCUUGUAUAUGCACUUUCCUUCGCAGUCGUAAUUCUCAUUGUGGGAAUAUUCACUACGAUUGCGGCAGACCUCGCCAGUGACCGAGGUAUGAAUCCCUCGAAUGCGGUGUAUUUCCUACAAGCUUUAUCGGCAGCUGACAUUGCGUUUAGAUCGGUAGCGGGUAUCGCCAUCGAUUCGCGUAGGUUGUCGUUAGAAUCAGUCAUGCUGAUCGGAUACGUUGUGCAAGGACUCACUUGCGAGUGGCUUGUCUGGGCGAAUACAUCACCACAAAUGGUUCUAGCGUCUAUACUCUUGGGGGCCACGUAUGGUUCAAGAACGUGUCUGCAGGCGCCUGCGUUGGCCAAGAACUUCGGCAUCGGCACGUUGCCGGUGGUUUUGGGCAGUGUGCUUUUCUGCACGGGCGUGUUACUUCUCUUACGACCUCCACUUAUCGGGUACUACAGAGACAAUUAUGGCGACUACACCGGACUGCUUCAUUUGAUGGCAGCUCUGAAUGGAAUUUUUGUGUGCAUUUGGACAUUGAAGAUCAUCAUCAAGAGAAGGGCUAGGACUACUGCGACACUUCCGACUCUACAAGACGCUCCUUUAUCAAAGAGUUCAGCGAACAAAAAUGGCAGCCGAGUAUAAUAGGCCAUCCAAAGUUGCCCAGCGGUAAAACUAGAACUUUUUCGCCAACUCCGUACACUCACUAACGCUCAUCGAACGCACAAUUGCCCGUUUACCAACAAUAGCUUAAAUAGAGGCGUGCGCAGAAUGAUCUAGCUGCCUAAUUGCUAUCAAAUAGAAGAAGUGAGUUAGGCAAAGAAAAGUUUGGCAAUACCACCUGACAUUCGAAGCCUUGGGAAUGAUAACAACACCAGCGCAGCAUGUUAGUACAAUGCAGAAGGCAAGCCAACUGCUGCUCGAGUGAAAUAAUUUCUUGGCAGCUGCCAUGCGUCUCAGAAUGCUGGCGCGACGAGGAGCACCUCUGGUGGCGCUGAAGGCGUCGCACCUCUCUGGUGCAUGGAAUUAGAACGACAGAUUGCCCUCUGUUUAAUGGAGCAUUCAGUGAAACACUCGAUAACAUUUGCUUGACGCUUACUGUCCGUUCCCCUUAGACCACUGCGCCGACACAGUAGAUCAUUAGGAAAGGUAGCGUGCUUCUGGCCACAACACUCAAGCACGCGAACCUCACACACACACGAUGCGCACAACGCUUAAGCACACAAUGUUCAUGCCUGCCGCUCAAGGAUGAAGGCUGGCCUGGCUUCGCAAUCAAGUCGCUGGAGGGAUUCGUUGGCGGUGCAUCCACAUCGCUUCGUCACCUGUGCAGCCAAACCUACUCGGUGCCUUUGGACACCCUCAAUAUUCAUGAGCGAGCGCACCACCACUUAAUAGCAUUUAGGUGGAGUUUGGCGAUCGGCGCAUGAUGGCAGCACAGCUAAAACAGCAGCAUAGCAGGACAUCACUGACGACCACCGCGACGGUGGGGUACCGCCUUGAGCGUCCACAUAUUUUCUAUCGCAAUAAAAAAUUGCCA